AGCCCCAGAGGGGCUGCACGUGUCCUCGCACCCGCUCGCGACUUAUGUAACCAACCGCACGGUGAGUCCGCAGCCUCCGAACUCCUCCCCCACAUCGACCCCGCGGCUCGAACCCACGCUCUCCGACUCGCGCCCGACUCAUAUCGACUGAUAACCUCGCGCCCGCCCGUCUACACUCGCCUCGUGCACUGACCGUCAGCUGAGAGAUGACAUAAUCGAUGCAAUAAUUUGAAAAGAGGCACGACAUAACAAUAUUAAUAUAUCCCAAGUAAUAAUUAGACUACCGGAAAAAUAAUUCGAUUAGCACACAAAGCGCCUUCAAUCAAUAUCUCAAUUACUUUAGUUAGAAUAAAUUAAGUAGGUAAUUAGUGUAGGUUCACAAGUGCCAAUCGAAGGGUCGUCAGACGUGCAUCCGGAGCCACGUCUAACGAGGGUGAGGUUAAUACGUGUGGUCGCGCUCGAUGCGUGCGUGUGAGGCGCGCGUCGGACCGAGGGCGUGAGAGAGUGGCGCGCCGUGCGCGUGGUACCGGCAAGAUUGAGGUGGUGGGGGGGUGCGGUUGGGGUAGGCGCGCGCGCGUGCGGCCGCUGCACGCGCUGGGUCGCGCGGCCGGCAUGCUGGCCUCGCAGCGCUCGCAAUCCUGCAACGAAGAGGGCGCGUUCUUCGGAGCGCGUGCGUUGCGCCGGCCGCGAGGCAAAGGCAGUGGAAGUCCAACCUGCUAGGGGUACGCCAUGUCGCUGCGCAGCCUGCACCGGCGGCUUUCGUCCGCAAACAACACAUGUGAUGAUGGUGGAGGCGGCGCGGCGACAGGUACCGGGGGUCGGGCAGCGUCGUUGCGGCUCGCGAACGGGCGGGUCGCGGCGCAAUCGGCGGAGCAGCUGCCCCACUCGCCGGCGGAUUGCGCUUCGGUGCGCAUUUCCAUCGACAACACCAACACCUGCUGCACCGACUCGCUCGUCACCGCACUCGACGACGAGACGUUACUGUUAGGCGACGCCGAUAUGUCGCUGAAGCAGGGCAGCGGCACCGGCAAAGUACACUUCGGUGGCCUGGACGAUGUGUCCUUGUACGGAACGCCAGUGGAACCAGCACCGCCGGCGCCGGACGCAAAGCAGGGCUUCCUGCGGAACCAGUUGCAAGCCCUCUUCCAGCCCACCGACAACAAACUCGCGAUGAAACUAUUCGGCUCAAAGAAGGCACUUAUGAAGGAGCGCAUCAGACAGAAGGCGGCGGGACAUUGGGUCAUCCAUCCGUGCAGUAGUUUCAGAUUUUACUGGGACUUAUGCAUGCUGCUACUUCUUGUGGCGAAUUUAAUCAUCCUACCAGUUGCCAUCUCCUUCUUCAACGAUGACCUUAGCACGCGCUGGAUCGCCUUCAACUGUCUGUCCGAUACCAUAUUUCUAAUAGAUAUCGUUGUUAAUUUUAGAACAGGAAUAAUGCAACAAGAUAAUGCAGAGCAAGUAAUACUAGAUCCAAAGUUAAUAGCGAAACACUAUUUGAGGACUUGGUUCUUCCUGGACCUCAUCUCUAGUAUACCACUAGAUUAUAUAUUUUUGAUCUUCAAUCAGGAUUUCAGUGAAAACUUUCAAAUACUACAUGCGGGUCGCGCGCUGAGGAUACUCCGAUUAGCAAAGCUGCUAUCAUUGGUUCGACUGCUCCGUCUCUCCAGGCUCGUCCGAUAUGUCUCACAAUGGGAGGAAGUAUAUUUUCUCAACAUGGCUUCCGUGUUCAUGCGGAUAUUCAACUUAAUAUGUAUGAUGCUGUUGAUCGGCCAUUGGUCCGGAUGUCUACAGUUCCUGGUUCCUAUGCUGCAAGGAUUUCCACCAAACUCGUGGGUUGCUAUAAACGAGUUACAGGAGGCUUUUUGGUUAGAACAAUAUUCAUGGGCGCUGUUCAAGGCAAUGUCACAUAUGUUGUGCAUCGGUUACGGACGGUUCCCUCCUCAAUCACUCACCGACAUGUGGCUCACGAUGCUCUCGAUGAUAUCAGGAGCCACUUGCUACGCGCUCUUCCUAGGUCACGCAACCAAUCUCAUCCAGAGUCUCGACUCUUCACGCAGGCAAUACCGUGAAAAGGUGAAACAAGUAGAAGAGUACAUGGCGUAUCGCAAAUUACCACGUGAAAUGCGUCAACGUAUCACCGAGUACUUCGAACACAGAUACCAAGGGAAAUUCUUCGAUGAGGAAGUAAUUUUGGGCGAGCUGAGCGAAAAACUGCGCGAAGAUGUCAUCAACUACAACUGUCGCUCACUUGUGGCCUCUGUACCUUUCUUUGCAAACGCCGACUCCAACUUUGUAUCAGAUGUCGUCACCAAACUACGCUAUGAAGUAUUUCAGCCCGGUGACAUUAUCAUAAAGGAAGGAACAAUAGGAAAUAAAAUGUAUUUCAUCCAAGAAGGCAUCGUAGAUAUAGUCAUGGCCAACGGUGAAGUUGCCACCAGUCUAUCCGACGGUUCGUACUUCGGAGAAAUCUGCUUGCUAACAAACGCUCGCAGAGUAGCAUCCGUCCGCGCCGAGACGUACUGCAAUCUGUUCUCUUUGUCGGUGGAUCAUUUCAACGCCGUGCUAGACCAGUAUCCGUUGAUGCGACGCACGAUGGAAAGUGUCGCAGCCGAACGACUGAACAAGAUCGGCAAAAACCCGAAUCUGGUGGCGCACCGCGAAGACGACACGACAUCCGAAGGGAACACGAUCAACGCAGUGGUUAACGCUCUCGCGGCAGAAGCAGAGCACGUGAGUCUGUCAGACGACAGUGUGGCACGACUGUCGGAGAGGUCGCUGGGGCUAGCACUGCAACCGCUGCAGGCGGCAUCGUGUCGCAUGGCAGGUGUAGCCCUACCGGGGCUGGGCGUAGCGGCUGCGCUGCCGCGUCCCAAGUCGGAGCACGACUUCAGUUCGACGCAGGCUCAACCGCCGUCGUUGUCGUCGGUCGGAGCCGCCUUCCACAAAUCGGACGCGGGCAUCGCACCCUGACGCCGCACGCUCUGCUAGGCCUGCCGCGGCACGCCGCGACGCGACGCGACGCUCCCGACACUAGGCUUAGUGCGAGGGCCGCUCGCUAGUUGUAGCGUAGACUCGACUCUAGUAGCUGCGACUUCGCCGGCCGCCCGCCGCGCGCGACGCCCCUUGAAUCUCAUUUUGUGAUCUUAUACUUAAUUCUCCUGUGUUAUAAUUUAGGUUAAAUUUUAUAUCAUUGACGCUGUGAGGAAUCGACGAAUACGUGACGUAUUCCGAUUGUAUAGAUAUAAAUGUAUACCUGUUGUGUAUUGAAAAAAACGAUUACUAUUAAAUCUUUAUAGGGAGAUCUUUAUAGAUACCUUGCCAUUAUUAAAAGAAAGAAUAAUGAUUUAGACUAGACUGAAAUUUAAAAAUAUCAAUAUUUUAUGCUACAUGUAAUGACGUUUGAAAUUGAUCUUUGUUGAUACGGGGUAUUCGAUGGCGAAACGGUGGGAUAUAAGUGCAUAGUAAUAAAUCAACGUGCCUGAAUAACACGGUUCAGAGACUUUAUAUUGUUCCAUCGAUUUCCGUUCCAUUAUUUUAUUUUACUGUGUAACAGUGUUAUUGAAUCGUUGCGGAGUACGUGGGGAGGUGACAUUUAUGACGCAUUCUCGCCUAAAAAUUAUGAUUUACAACUAAGUUAACUUGUUUCGAUUAUCAGUUAAGCUUUCAAUUGCGGACUAAACAGAAAAGGAACAGCAGCCUUCUAAUAUUCUUCUAACGUUAAACACAAGAAUUACAAGGAAACAUUCCUUAGUAGGUAUAUAUCUAAUUGCGCCUCACAAAAAUCUCACGCUGUACAAGUGACGCACAAGUUAAUUCUCACAUACGAUUCAAAUAGCAUACGUUGCUUUGUUUAACUUUAAUUAUAAGUAGUUAUAUUCACCGAUAUAAAAGGGCAUAAUUAGCGCCAGCAUUAAUAUCUCGGUUUCCUAAGUAGAGGUGAUAUAGUUAGAGCUUCGGAAGUUUCGAGAAUUAUUUCUGAUGUAAAUAUAUUUUAUUGUGAGUUUGCGCGUUUAUGCGGUUCGAUAAAUUUACGUAAGUCUAGGGGGCGUUCGGUCGAGCGGUUCAGUCAAUUAAUCCGUGCUCUCGCGGCGCGAGACGGACGUCUCUUAUCUCAAUGCACCACUAAACUUCAUAAUUUCAUUUUAAUUGUAGGCGAAAAUAAUUUAUUGUCGAUAGUGAUCAUUUAGUAGUAAUAAGUAGGCCAAAGCGUUAACAAAUUCGGACGAAUUACGUAUGUGAUAGUGGGAAUGCUAAAGCUGCACGCGCUUCGGCCGUACUCUCCGCGACCGACAUUAGCGUAGCUCGAAUGCAUGCAACACGUGCUUCAGGACACCGGAAAUUAGUUUCACGUUCCAUUACUCCAACUAUACGCGUUCGAUUCACUCGGAACUGGAACGAUUGCUUAUCAAUAAG